AAAAUAGGAGCAGGUGGAUCAGGCCGUUUCUCUUUGUAUAGCGGGGCUUCGGUCUACAAGCAAGGUCCAGUAGAUCUGAAACACACCCAGCAGUGACUUUUCCGCACAGCAGAGUGCAGUGUGCGCACAGAAAUCUGACCAGACCAGGCUGUGGCGUCGGAGCUCGCCCGCUACAGCAGCCUUUUUUCUGCAUCAUCUCGCGGCGGCAGCAGCAGCAGCAGCAGCAGCGGGACUGCCUGUCCUCAGACAGCUGGAGGCAGCGUGAACAAUAACCCAUCAUCACACACUCAAAGACCAACAACCCGCAGACAAAAUGGUGAACUUUACUGUGGAUCAGAUCCGUACCAUCAUGGACAAGAAGUCCAACAUCAGGAACAUGUCCGUGAUUGCCCACGUGGAUCAUGGGAAGUCCACACUGACUGACUCCCUGGUGUCCAAGGCAGGGAUCAUUGCUUCGUCCCGUGCUGGGGAGACUCGUUUCACAGACACGCGCAAGGACGAGCAGGAGCGCUGCAUCACCAUCAAAUCAACGGCCAUCUCCAUGUUCUACGAGCUUGAGGAUAAUGACAUGGCAUUUAUCAAGCAGUGCAAGGAUGGAAACGGCUUCCUCAUCAACCUGAUUGAUUCGCCAGGUCAUGUUGACUUCUCCUCUGAGGUCACUGCUGCCCUCAGGGUAACUGACGGAGCGCUGGUGGUGGUUGACUGUGUCUCAGGUGUGUGUGUGCAGACUGAGACUGUGCUGCGGCAGGCCAUCGCCGAGCGCAUCAAACCAGUUCUGAUGAUGAACAAGAUGGACCGUGCGCUGCUUGAGCUGCAGCUGCAGAUGGAUGAGCUCUAUCAGACCUUCCAGCGCAUUGUGGAGAACGUCAACGUCAUCAUCUCCACCUAUGGAGAGGAUGAGGGUGGACCCAUGGGAAGCAUCAUGAUUGACCCCGUCAUCGGCACAGUUGGGUUUGGCUCUGGCCUCCACGGCUGGGCAUUUACCCUGAAGCAGUUUGCUGAGAUGUAUGUGGCCAAGUUUGCUGCUAAAGGUGAUGCUCAGAUGACACCAGAAGACAGGUGUAAGAAAGUGGAGGACAUGAUGAAGAAACUGUGGGGAGACAGAUAUUUUGAUCCAAAAGCUGGGAAAUUCUCAAAGUCCUCCACCGGACCUGAUGGUCAGAAGCUUCCUCGCACCUUUUGCCAACUUGUUUUGGACCCAAUCUUUAAGGUGUUUGAUGCCAUCAUGAACUUUAAAAAGGACGAGACAGCCAAACUUAUUGAGAAGCUGGACAUCAAACUUGACACGGAGGACAAGGAGAAGGAAGGGAAGCCUCUGCUGAAAGCUGUGAUGCGUCGCUGGCUGCCUGCUGGAGAAGCCCUGCUCCAGAUGAUCACCAUCCACCUGCCCUCCCCUGUCACUGCACAGAAAUACCGCUGUGAGCUGCUCUAUGAAGGGCCUGGAGACGACGAGGCUGCCAUGGGUAUUAAGAACUGUGAUUCCAAGGCUCCGCUGAUGAUGUACAUUUCCAAGAUGGUCCCAACCAGUGACAAAGGUCGUUUCUACGCCUUUGGCCGUGUGUUCUCUGGAUGUGUGUCCACUGGCCAAAAAGUGCGCAUCAUGGGGCCAAACUUCUCCCCCGGAAAGAAGGAGGAUCUGUACAUCAAACCCAUCCAGAGGACCAUUCUGAUGAUGGGCCGGUAUGUGGAGCCUAUUGAAGAUGUCCCCUGUGGCAACAUUGUGGGUCUUGUUGGAGUGGACCAGUACCUUGUGAAGACAGGGACCAUUACCACCUUUGAACAAGCCCACAACAUGAGGGUGAUGAAGUUCAGUGUGAGUCCUGUGGUCAGGGUCGCCGUAGAGGCCAAGAACCCUGCUGACCUGCCCAAGCUGGUGGAGGGUCUGAAGCGUCUGGCCAAGUCUGACCCCAUGGUGCAGUGCAUCAUUGAGGAGUCAGGGGAGCACAUCAUCGCUGGAGCUGGAGAGCUGCAUCUGGAGAUCUGCCUGAAAGACCUCGAGGAGGACCACGCCUGCAUUCCUCUGAAGAAAUCGGACCCAGUCGUGUCUUACAGAGAGACGGUGUCAGAAGAGUCGGACCAAAUGUGUUUGUCCAAGUCCCCAAACAAGCACAAUCGACUCUUCAUGAAGUCCCGUCCUUUAUCCGAUGGUCUGGCAGAAGAUAUUGAGAAGGGAGACGUCACCGCUCGACAGGAGCUGAGGGCUCGUGCUCGUUACCUCACUGAGAAGUUUGAGUGGGAGGUGACAGAAGCCAGGAAAAUCUGGUGCUUCGGUCCCGAUGGAACAGGGCCCAACCUGCUGGUAGACGUGUCGAAGGGCGUUCAGUAUCUCAAUGAGAUCAAGGACAGCGUGGUGGCUGGUUUCCAGUGGGCAACUAAAGAGGGGGCUCUGUGUGAGGAGAACAUGCGUGCAGUUCGUUUUGACAUUCAUGAUGUCACGCUGCACACUGACGCCAUCCACCGCGGUGGAGGACAAAUUAUCCCCACAGCUCGUAGGGUCCUGUAUGCUUGCCAGCUCACUGCUCAGCCCCGUCUCAUGGAGCCAGUUUACCUGGUGGAGAUUCAGUGCCCAGAGCAGGUGGUUGGUGGGAUCUAUGGUGUGCUGAACAGGAAACGAGGUCACGUGUUUGAGGAAUCACAAGUGAUGGGGACUCCCAUGUUUGUGGUGAAAGCUUACCUGCCUGUCAAUGAGUCCUUUGGGUUCACCGCUGACCUGCGCAGCAACACUGGAGGCCAAGCCUUCCCUCAGUGUGUGUUUGACCACUGGCAGAUUCUCCAGGGAGACCCCAGCGAUCCAUCCUCCAAACCCUAUCAAGUUGUUGGUGAUAUUAGGAAACGCAAAGGUCUGAAAGAAGGCAUUCCUCCCCUUGAAAACUACCUGGACAAACUUUAAAUACUGAACCUGGAUUUGAAAAAAGAAACCAAACAAAAACCAAAUCAAUCUCUAAACCCUACCCAGUGGGCACUUUACAAUCUUUGCACAGGCUUAAAAUUACACUGCACAGAGUGUUUUGACUUUUGAGUCUGGAGCAGAAAUAAAGCUCCAGUUUUCAUUUUUUGCUAGUGGAAGCAGUGACGCUUCUUUCAUUUCACAGCUAAAGAACACCAAGUGCCUAGGGCAAGGGUUUUGGGGAACAAUUGGAUCAAAGCAGUUGUAUUAUUGAUUCCCCCUUUCAUUAUUCCUCUACAUCCUCUCAUCUGCCAGGGUAUGUCUCUACAGUGCACUGUGAUACUGCUGCAAUAACGCAUACUUAAAUGGGUUAAUGGGGAAAUUGAUGGAAACAUGACAUGUCAAACUUGCUGGAUUUGGAACUUUGUUCAGUGGAUGUUCAUCACGAAAUAAAUUCAUUCUACUCGCCAUGAAAA